GCUGUGUCACUCAGUCCGCUCGGCGCGCCCCUUCCUCCGCGGUCCUUCCGCACCGGCUGACUGGCUCUUCCGGUCUCCAGCGCCCCUCUCCUGCAGGCGGGUCUCGGGCCGCAGCCUGGCGCACGCCGGCUCGGGCCUGUGGAGGAGUCUCGCGCUGUGCCCCGGAGCCGGGCUCCGGAUCCACGCUGGCCAUGGCGAGCGGUGCCGCCAGAUACCGGCUGAGCUGCUCGCUCCCGGGCCACGAACUGGACGUGAGGGGCCUGGUGUGCUGCCUCUACCCGCCGGGAGCCUUUGUGUCUGUGUCCCGGGAUCGUACCACCCGCCUCUGGGCUCCAGAUAGUCCUAACAGGGGCUUUACAGAAAUGCACUGUAUGAGCGGCCACUCUAAUUUUGUGUCUUGUGUGUGCAUCAUACCCUCAAAUGACAUGUAUCCUCAUGGACUAAUUGCCACUGGAGGAAAUGACCACAAUAUUUGCAUUUUCUCGCUGGACAGUCCGAUGCCACUUUAUAUUUUAAAAGGUCACAAAGAUACUGUUUGUAGUCUUUCUUCUGGAAAAUUUGGGACAUUACUUAGUGGCUCAUGGGACACCACUGCUAAAGUCUGGCUGAAUGACAAAUGCAUGAUGACAUUACAGGGUCAUACAGCUGCAGUGUGGGCAGUAAAGAUUUUACCUGAACAGGGCUUAAUGUUAACUGGAUCAGCAGACAAGACGAUUAAACUAUGGAAGGCUGGAAGAUGUGAGAGGACUUUUUCAGGGCAUGAAGACUGUGUAAGAGGCUUGGCAAUCUUGAGUGAGACAGAAUUUCUUUCCUGUGCAAACGAUGCCAGUAUUAGAAGGUGGCAGAUCACCGGCGAGUGUCUGGAAGUGUACUAUGGACAUACAAACUAUAUUUAUAGCAUAUCUGUCUUUCCAAACUGCAGAGAUUUUGUGACAACUGCAGAAGACAGAUCUCUAAGAAUAUGGAAACAUGGUGAAUGUGCACAAACAAUCCGACUUCCAGCUCAGUCUAUAUGGUGCUGCUGUGUGCUGGACAAUGGUGACAUUGUGGUUGGUGCGAGUGAUGGUAUUAUUAGAGUGUUUACAGAGUCAGAGGAGCGGACAGCAAGUGCUGAGGAAAUCAAGGCUUUUGAGAGAGAGCUCUCUCAGGCAACUAUCGAUUCCAAAACUGGUGACUUGGGGGACAUUAAUGCUGAGCAGCUUCCUGGGAGGGAACAUCUGAGUGAACCAGGUACUAGAGAAGGACAGACUCGUCUAAUCAGAGAUGGAGAGAGAGUUGAAGCCUAUCAGUGGAGUGUUAGUGACGGGAGGUGGAUAAAAAUUGGUGAUGUUGUUGGCUCAUCUGGUGCUAAUCAGCAAACAUCUGGAAAAGUUUUAUAUGAAGGGAAAGAAUUUGAUUAUGUUUUCUCAAUUGAUGUGAAUGAAGGCGGACCAUCGUAUAAAUUACCAUAUAAUGUCAGUGAUGAUCCCUGGCUAGUUGCGUACAACUUCUUGCAGAAAAAUGAUUUGAAUCCCAUGUUUCUGGAUCAGGUGGCUAAAUUUAUUAUUGAUAACACAAAAGGUCAAACACUGGGACUUGGGAAUCCCAGUUUUUCAGACCCGUUUACAGGCGGUGGUCGCUAUGUUCCAGGAACUUCAGGACCUUCCAACACAGUCCAGACAGCAGAUCCUUUCACAGGUGCUGGUCGUUACAUGCCAGGUUCUGCAGGUAUGGGCACCGCCAUGCCUGGAGUUGAUCCAUUUACAGGGAGUAGUGCCUACCGAUCAGCUGCAUCUAAAACAGUGAAUAUUUAUUUCCCCAAAAAAGAAGCUCUUACCUUUGACCAAGCAAACCCUACACAAAUAUUAGGAAAACUGAAGGAACUUAAUGGAACUGCACCUGAAGAGAAGAAGCUAACUGAAGAUGACUUGGUACUUCUUGAAAAGAUACUGUCCCUGAUUUGUAAUAAUUCUUCAGAAAAGCCAACAGCCCAGCAACUUCAGAUUUUGUGGAAAGCUGUCAACUGGCCUGAAGACAUUGUCUUUCCUGCACUUGACAUUCUUCGGCUAUCAAUUAAGCAUCCCAAUGUGAAUGAGAAUUUCUGCCAUGAAAAAGGAGACCAGUUUAGCAGCCAUCUUAUCAACCUUCUGAACCCUAAAGGAAAGCCAGCAAACCAGCUGCUUGCUCUUAGGACUUUUUGCAAUUGCUUUGUUAGUCAGGCAGGACAGAAGCUCAUGAUGUCCCAGAGGGAGUCACUGAUGUCACAUGCAAUAGAACUGAAAUCGGGGAGUAAUAAGAACAUUCAUAUUGCUCUGGCUACAUUGACCUUGAACUAUUCUGUUUGUUUCCAUAAAGACCAUAACAUUGAAGGGAAAGCUCAAUGUUUGUCAGUAAUUAGUACAAUCUUGGAGGUUGUACAAGACCUAGAAGCCACAUUUAGACUCCUUGUGGCUCUUGGGACACUUAUCAGUGAUGAUUCAAAUGCUAUACAAUUAGCCAAAUCUUUAGGUGUUGAUUCUCAAAUAAAAAAGUAUGUCUCCGUAUCAGAGCCUGCUAAAGUAAGUGAAUGCUGUAGACUUAUCCUAAAUUUGCUGUAGCAGUGGGGAAAGGAAGCUGAGGAGUUUUUUGUUUUUUUUCUCCCACAUUUUACAUGACUGACUGCAGAUGUUUAAAAAAAGAAAGGAAAACUGGAUUAAGUUCAGAUCUUGUAAAGUUGUGUCGAGGAGAAACAAAUUAUAAAUAAAGUUUUUGCACUGCUGGCUGUGAGGUUUUCCUGUGUAAUGGAGUAGAUUGUCAAGGGUGUAGAAACAUUAAAAGCUAUAAUCAACAACAGCACAAUUACAACAGCAUUUUCCUCCUCACCUUAAGCACUCAGGAGAACACAGAGGUUAUAUAACCUGUUUCUGUUUCUGUAUGACAUCUUGUUCAGUUGACUGUUCUCUUUUGUACAUUAGCUUCUCCACUUUCACUCUUGUAUUCUUUCAAUAGCACUGAUACAUUUCAAGGUCUUCUUUUAGGAUUUACUUGAAAAAUAAUUUCAAUUAAGUUUGUUAUAAAUUGCAAAUGGAUAAAUAUACAAUAAUUUCUGCAGCCAUUUGUAAUAGAAAGUACCCUCUUUCAUGGUUCAAUUUUACAUGAAGAAAGCAAAUUGGUAAGCUGUUAUAUUACAUAUCAAUUCAGACAAAUGCGGCCUUAAAUGAUUAUGGUUUAGGAGUUUCACUAUAUGAGGUAACUUCAUUUAAGUUUUGACAUCUGAUUAUUUGUGGUCAUUAUUUACAAGUUAAAUCAUUUCUUUUAUCCUUCACCAUUUGAAGUAAUGUCAUUUUUCAUUUCAGUUUUGAUAUGAUUAUGUAUUUGUUGAUCAUCUUCACUACUUCAAAGAGAAUAUUUUGAAUUUUUUUUACUUUUACUAGACAAUCGUGCAAGCAACAUUUAUCAGACUUUAAAGUAAAAAACCUGUCAUGUGAAAUUAGUAGUUUUAGUCCCUGGAAUGGUUCAGAUAUUACAUUAUAUACAUUGCUAUCUAAUUCUCAAAUCAGCUUUCUUUGAAAAGUAGUUAUUAUGCUUUUGUUUUCAAAAGGAAAGGUAAUAGAAUAAAUUAUAAUAGGGGGAAAAAUGAACAUAAAGGUAAGAGUACUCCUUGCGAUCUGCACAAAGCACUUGCCUUGAUGCAGCUUCCUAGAAAGCCACAGAUUUAUUUCUGAAUAUCCCAACAACUAAAACAACGGAGGACAUAUCCUUUAAUUGAACAAUUCAUUAUGUCUUUGACAGUGCUGUUUCUUCUUUCUUUUUUGGUUUCUCAAGACAAGGUUUCUCUGAGUAGCCCUGGCUUUUCUGGCACUCGCUUUGUAGACCAGGUUGACCUUGAACCCAGAAACCUGUCUGCCUCUGCCUCCUGAGUACUAGGAUUAAAGCCACCAUUCCCAGCUCAAUCCCUUUUCUUAAGAAGUGUACUUAUAUUGGUAUGUGUAUGUGUGUACCUUUUGGUUUUAUUUGUUUUUCGGUAUUAGAGACCAAACCAGGGUGCAUGUUGGGGAAGGUCUACUCACUGGAUUACAUUCCCAGCUCCGGUUCUUUGAUUUUGAUUAUGGAAGAAAUGGUUUUAUAAAGACUCUGUUUAUAAUGGUGUGCAAUGUUCUCAACAUUGACAUUACGGAGAACCAUGGGGUUUCCUGACUUAAUGCCAUAUUACAAUCUAAGAAGGACAAUUUUUUUUUUCCACUAAGGGCAGGAAGGUUCUGAGUGUUUAGAUUAAUACAGGGAAGAAUUUACAGAGUAUCAAAAGGAAGUGAGGAAAUGUAAAUAGGGGAUGUGUACCUUACUAAGUGUUAAACUCCAAAUCCCUGUGUGUACCUGAACUUUAAACUUUAUGUUGCUAGUUCAUUUAUGUACUCUUGUUUUUACUUGUAUUGAAUUGAGACUUAAAUUUUUAUAUCAGAAUUACAUGGUAAAACGCAAAUCAUCCUGGUGCCAUUACAAUACUUGGCUUGUUAAUACAUCCAAUCUAGCAUGCAAUUUUAAGUACAAUCUAUGUUAUAUUUUGAAAAGCAGGGUGGAUAUCUUUGAAAAAAGGAUGGAUGUGGUCUUACUUAAAACAUGAAUUCACUCUUCAGAAUGUAAGAGGUGGAAAAUUGUAAAUACUUUUGUUUAUCACUGUCUUUUUUAUGACUAUCUUAUUUGUACAGCUUAACAAAACAUGAUCUCACUUGAACCUGUUAAA